AUGGCAGAAAGUAUCGGACAACCGGAUGUACUUUCAAAACGAUUAAAAUUUGCUUAUAGUGUUGGUCAUGUUCUAAAUGAUGUAACUGCAGCAAUGUGGCUUUCAUAUUUUAUUGUAUUUUAUUAUCGUGUUGUAAAUUUUACAAAUGCAAUUGCUGGUUAUUUCUUUUUAAUUGGACAAAUAGCCGAUGCUGUAUCUACAAUAUUUGUUAGUUUAGCAUCGGAUCGUACACGAACUGGUUUAUUUCAUUAUGGAAAACGUAAAACUUGGCAUCUUAUUGGAGUCAUUUGUGUAUUCAUUUCAUUUCCAUUUUGUUUUAAUUCAUGUAUUGGAUGUCAAAAUAGUAAAUUUUGGAUACAAUUUACCUAUUAUGCAGUGUUCAUCACUAUUUUUCAAUUUGGUUGGGCAAGUUCACAAGUUGCACAUUUAGCAAUGAUCAAUGAAUUAACACAUAUAGACGGUGAACGUGUUGCACUUAAUUCAUAUCGUUAUGCUUGGGCUUUCUUAUCAAGUACAUCUUUAUAUGCAAUGGCUAGUUUUUUUUUAGGUUUUUCUUUUACUGGUGACGAAUCAACUAUAACACCUGCUGAUCUACCUAUAUUUCGUAAAUUAACAUUUAUUGUUAUUGGUUUUGGUCUUUUUUUUAUGAUUAUAUUUCAUGUUGGAUUAAAAGAAUCCAAUCAAACAAUUGAAGAAAAAAAACAUCAUUCGAAAUUAAUAUUAACAUCGAAUAGAAAAUUAAAAAAAAUGACAUGGAUGAGUAUCUUAUGUGAGAAAGAGUUUUAUCAAUGUGCAGUCGUAUGGACAUCUGCACGAAUUAUUUUAAAUGUUACACAGGCAUUUCUUCCAUUAUAUACAAUUGAUACGAUUUCAAAAUUAAAUCGAGUCUAUGUUGCUAUUGUUCCACUAUGUAUUUAUAUAACUAGUUUUAUUGCAUCUUUUCCUAUGCGUGAAAUAAAUAAACGAUUAGGUCGAAAUCUAACCAAUAUGAUUGGUUAUGGUUUAAUAUUAGCAUGUAUGAUUUUAUUUUGGUUUAUUAUUGAUAUAGAAAGUAAACUACAAAUUCAAAUAGCUUUAAUAUUAGCUUGUAUUUUAUUUGGUAUUAGUACAUCAACAACAAGCAUUUGUUCUACUGCUCUAGCAUCCGAUUUCAUUGGUUUAAAUACAGAAUGUGGAGCAUUUGUUUAUGGAGUAAUGACAUUUGUAGAUAAACUUUCUAAUGGUAUAAUUAUUGCUCUUGUUCAACAUUUUAAUCCAUGUAAAUUAGAUUCAACACAUGCAUGUGCAUUAUAUUAUAGAUAUAUCAUAGCAUUUAUACCAGGUUGUGUUGCAAUUUUAGCAAUAUUAAUGAUAUUAAAUAUGUGGAAAACAAAUGUAGGUGGUAAUCGUUUCGAAAUAGUUCAAGAUGAAGAAAGUAGUACUAGUACGGAUAUGAAAGAUGAAGUUGAUUCCAAGGAACAAAAUUUAUUAAUGGCUUAA